AAUCUACAGGGCUCCGCUUUAACCCAACGUGGCGUUGCCUAGCGUUGCUUAGCAACGCACUGUCAACCACCUUUUCCAAAACACCAGCUAAAUUUACGGUCUGGUCCUUCUGGCCGAGCUGCAUUGUAGUUAUAAAACUUAAACCUGUGAGGCUACAGAAUGGGGAAAAAAGUAAAGAAGGAAAGUAAUAGCCCAUACAAGGAAACGUUUGAAUCCAAUUUAAACGUUGUGAUCAAAACCCCAGCAACAGCUGUGUUACUGCUAAGAUCUCCAGAAGAAGACAUCCUAAUCAAAGCCUGCGAACUAAUCUACACAUUUGCAGAUAAAGGAGACGAGAGCAAGGUUUCUCUGCUUGGACUUGGGGCACUGGAACCACUCUGUCAGCUCAUCACUCACAACAGCAAGCUAGUCAGACGUAAUGCCUUCAUUGCCUUGGGCACAAUGGCCACCAAUGGUGACGUGAAGGUUGCUCUGAGCAAAACAGAUGUGAUUCCCUUAAUUAUAGACAAACUGUCACUUGAAGAUGAUGCAGUUAUCCAUGAGUUUGCAACAUUGUGCCUGGCCUCUCUGUCAGUGAGUUUUACCAGUAAGGCCCAGGUCUUUGACAACAACGGGCUGCCACCUUUAGUUAAGCUUCUUUCCAGCCCAGACCCAGAUGUCAAGAAGAACUCGCUGGAGGUCAUUUUCAACCUAGUUCAGGAUUUUCACAGUUGUUUGGCAAUUCGUGAGUUGGGUGCAAUCCGUCCACUUCUAGAACUGUUGAAUUCGGACUUCCCUGUCAUUCAACAUUUGGCUUUAAAGAUCCUGCAAAAUAUCACCACUGAUAAAGAUACGCAAAUUGCCUUCAGAGAGGAGCACGGGUUUGACAGGGUCAUUGAUAUGCUUAAUAACAUGAGGUUUAGGGAUCUUCAUGCUGAUGCCGUACAGGUAGUGGCUAACUGCUUGUGUGACGAUGAGAGCGUCCAGUUGAUCCACAAAGAUGGAGGAUUAAUUAGACUGAUGGGUUUUUUACUCACGCCCAGCACCCCCGAAAUUCAGUCAAGUGCUGUUAAAUGCAUCGCAAGAGUUGCUCAUAGCUCUGAAGGUUGUAGUGUGCUCCAUGAGCAGAAUGUGGAAAAGGUUCUUGUGGAGCUUCUGUGUGUGGAGGACGUCACAGUGAAAACGUCUGCCUGCCAGGCUGUGGCUGCUAUGAGCUUUCAUCUAGCUAGUAAAGAUCGCUUCAGAGACCUGGGCGGUAUCCCAGUGGUGGUGCAGAGUCUGAGCAGUGAGUGUGCGGCCCUUAGAGAAGAAGCAACGCAAGCCCUCUCCAGCCUCACAUUUAAAAACAAGCCUAGUGUAUUUGCUGUGUUUGAGGUAGGAGGCCAUGAGAUCCUUAUCCAGCGGCUCUGUGAAAGCUGUUCUAGGACGGUCGCCAAGGCCGCUGCCACGCUCUGCAACAUGGCACAAUAUGAAGUCAUCCGCUGCAGCAUCUUGUCCCAUGGAGCCGUACCCGCUUUAGUAGAGCCCUUAAAGUCUACAGAUACACAGGUCCUGGUCAACACCACUCUGUGUCUGGGAGUGUUACUGUGUGAGACAGGAGCAAUGACAGAGUUUAAAAGGGCUGGAGGACUUCAGCCACUGGUCAGUUUGCUGCAAUCCAAUCACAAGGAGGUGCUGCACAACACAUGCUUUGCAGUGAAUGUGUUUGCCAGUGAUAAGCCCUCUGCUGUGGAAAUAUGCAAAUAUGGAGCUGUGGAAAUGCUUCAAGACAUCAAUCAGUCAGUAAAUCGUAGAAGCAGCCUCAGCAAGUUGACCCUGGUAAACCUGCUUAACACCAACCUGUCUCUUAAGUACAAUGUGACAGGUCUUUUGGCUGCAACUGACAUAAUUAGUGAUGGCUUCUAUGAUGCUGGGAAGGCUGAUGCAGGUCACAGGGUUCUGACUCUAGAGGAACUGUCAGAGCAGCCAGUCAACCAUUGUCGACCCAUCAUUGUCAUCAACACAACAGAAAAAAAGACUGAGGUUGACAGACAGGAACACAAGACCAAGACUGAGUCUCCUGCAGAUAAAAUGUGGAACAUGAUUGAUGUCCCAUUGCAAAGUCUUAUUCAAAAAGUCAAAGAAUCCAUUCUUCCACUGCAUGAAAAGGAGCAGUACACUGCCUUGGCCAGGCUGGUGAGUGAAGUCAUGGGUGAUGCAGUGGAGAAGGAAAAGUUGCACGGAUUCCCAUGGGUUUCGCAUCUCAAUGAGCUAAAGUUUCAGCUCCAGUCUAACAUUAUUCCCAUCGGUUCAAUCAACAAGGGGUUCUACUGCCACAGGGCACUCCUCUUCAAGUGUCUGGCCGAUUGCAUUGGAAUGAGCUGCACGCUCGUUAGGGGUGAGUACAACCGGGCCUGGAAUGAGGUGCUGCUCUUUGAAGGGAACCCGCAGCCCUGCCGCUACAUAGUGGACCUCAUGCACGAGCCUGGAAGACUUCUAGCAGCAGGCACUGCUGCAGCUGUGGCAUACCAAACUAUAUAGAAAUAAAAUAAACCAUUUCAUCUAGC